AUGGCGACUCCUUUAAAACAUAGAAGUAGCAUCUGGAAUCAUUUUCAAAUAAAACGGGAUGAUGACACAAAAGCGACUUGUUUAUAUUGCAAUGUCAGCGUUUCUCGUGGUAGCAAAGCAGUUUCAUCGAAGGGCUUCACGACAUCUAACAUGUGGACACACGUGAAGCGCUAUCACGAAAAGGAGUUGGAAAAAGACACCCCAGGUACCUCAAGCGCCGACGGUGGCCCGCCGCCUAAAAAACAAGCUACUUUGGAGCACAUUUUGGAAAAAAGUGUCAUGUAUGAUACCGAUGACCCUAGGGCAAAAGCGAUCACGCAAACAAUAGCUGAACAAAUGUGUGUAGACAUGGAGCCGUUUGACUUAGUAAAUAAACUGGGGUUUCAACGCACUAUUAAGCAGUUUUGCCCGAAAUACAAAAUGGUUUCCCGUCCCCAUAUUUCGGAAAAUGUAAUACCAGACAUGUACUGCCGUGUAAGAACCAAAAUAAUGGAACUUUUGCAUGAACUUCCGCACAUCACUAUCACGACUGACUUAUGGACAAGCGAUGCUUCUUCGUCCGUUAACGACUUUAUAAGUGUGACUGCUCACGGACUUGAUAAAAAUUUUGAGUUGAAGAACUACUGCCUAGAAGUAUUUCCUUUUGAAGGCGAAAAUCAUAGCGCUGAAAACAUAGCUCAAAACUUACGUCAAUUAUUUCAAGAUUGGCACAUCAGCGAACGGGUACGUGCUGUAGUGACAGAUAAUGCACCGAAUAUGGGGCUUGCUAUAACACUAGUGGGAGUUCAACGUAUCAGAUGUAUGGCGCACUCUUUACAAUUAGUGCUGAAGGAUGCGUUUUUUGAAGAGAAAAUAAAUGCCAUGAUUACAAAGGCGAGAUCUAUUAUUGGCCACUUCGGUCAUUCAACGUCAGGUCGCAAAAUCCUAACAGAAAUGCAAAAAUCUCAUAACGUUCCUUGUCACGUUCUCAUUCAGGAUGUCGUUACUCGCUGGGAUUCAACCCUUCAUGCACUUAGAAGACUUUUAGAGCAACGAGUUGCAAUUCAAGCUUCUUUGCCUCAUGUGAAAUGUAGAACUGAAUUGUCUACAGAAGAAUGGCUAUUGAUGGAACAAGUUGUUUCGACUUUGAAUUAUUUUGAAGAAGCUACAAAAUCUAUAAGUGAAGAAUCUGCUUGCUUAUCUGACGCUAUACCUCUUAUUAACAGUAUGCGAAAAAUUUUAAAACAGAUCAAAAAUAAUCAAGAGACCGCGGACGACAGUUACAGCAGCCCAGAAUAUUAUAAUUUUGUAGAGAUUUUGUUAGCUGGAAUAAAUGACAGAUUUGAUUAUCUAGAGAGUGAGGAAACCUUUAUUUUAUCAACAACACUAGAUCCGCGCUAUAAAUUGCGUACGUUCUUUCUACAAUCCACAAGCAUUGAGGCGAAAAGAAUACUUAUCUCCUUAAUUACAAACAGGGAUACACAUGUUCCUGUAGAGCGUGUAGAGUCACAAAAAAAGCAAGAUGAGACUUUCUCAGGUAUCUGGAGUGCUUGUGACAGUUUGAUUAAAGAAGCAGAAGAGGAGGAACCUUUAUCAAACAUGUCUAGUCAUCCUGAGCAAGAAGAGGUGGAAUCUUAUACGAGAUGUCCAAAUAUUCCAAUGAAACAAGAUCCAAAGAACUAUUGGAGCAAUGAAGAUAAAUACCCAAAAUUGAAAAUGCUUGCACAAAAAUAUUUAUCUUACCCAAUGAGCUCAGUUGCCUCAGAACGUCUUUUUUCAACUGCAGGCCUCAUACAAAAUGAUUUGCGCAACAGAUUAUCUGCUAGUAAUUUGAAUAAACUUUGUUUCCUAAACAAAAAUCUUCCUAAAGUGAACUUUGAUUAUUAA